AAGAAUAUGUUUUUAUAACACAUGCAGUUUAAAUUUUUUUUUUUAAUUUUUUAUAAUGGUGACAAAACAUAGCUAUUAUAAUUAUGAAGCAAUCUGGGAACGGCACCCUGAAAUGAUACUAGUAUCAGAAUCACCUGUUACUUGGCAUGGUUUUUUAAUUAUCUCACGUUCAUUAUGCACAUACAAUUUCCAAAGUUCCAGAAUAAGAUUAAAAUUAAUCAUGCCUGCUUAUCCAUUAUUUGACGAUGUACAUGUGAAGUUUGGUAGACAAAUUGCCUCUCUGCAAAAUAAAGAAUUCCACAAAAAGAUGAAUGGAUUAAUAAAAGCUGCAUGCAAAACUGAACAAACAGUAUCAUCAUUUUUAACACAAUUACAAUUGCUUAUUGGAGAAUAUAUGUGCAAUACAGAUACCAAAAUUCUUGUACCUAAUUUUGACACUAUAAGAUACUUUCUGCAAGAAUUGGAAGAAGCUGUUCAACAUUUACCUGAGGUGCUAGUAUCAUCUGAUCAAAAUUUAAAUAUCAUUAAAUUACACUACAGAGAUGUAUCUGUUACAUUGCAAAGAUGUAACAGUGCUGAAUAUCCUUGGAAAGUUAUUGCUUCUGACUUGCCCAAUAUUCCAAUAUUUAAAGAUUUUGAGAAGAAUGUAACUAAUUUAAGUGUUGCAAAGACUAAGUUUAUAUGGCAAAUGGAAAUAUUGGAAAAAGCAUGGAAACAAUUAGAAGAAAUUGAUGAGAAUUGCUGGGUAAUUGAUCCAUUGAAACCAAAUAAGAGCCACCUGUAUAGACGUAUCCACCUGUCUCAGUCUUUAUCUGUGACAAUUACAAUAGAUCCGUUGAAUCCCAUUGCUUUACCAGUAAUUAAAUUCUCAGGUUGUGACAGUGAAGUGAAACGGCAAACGGACGAUGUUUCUAAUAACAUUCAUAAGUGGGAUUAUGAUUGCAGUAUUUUAGAAAAUCUAAAAAUGCUGUUAAAUAUGUAUGAAUUUCCCGAACAACAAGAAAGUAUGGAAGAAAAAAAAGCCAUUAUCAAUAACGAGUGUGGUAUAUGUUUCUCAGAUGAAUUGCCGGACAAGAUAUGCAAUAAUAAAAAAUGCAUGAGAUACUUUCAUUCAGUAUGUUUAUCAAAGUGGUUACAAACAGACAUUGGAAAUCAAGUUGUGUUUAAUCAUAUUUAUGGCCCUUGUCCAUACUGCAAGGAAAAGAUUUCUUGUUCCAUUGAACAUUGAAAAGGAGCCAUUCUUUCAUGGAUUGAUUAAAUUUUAAAGUUCCACAUAUCAAAAUUAAUGUUGUCUCUGUAUCGUUACAUUGGAGAUAAUCA